AUUGAUCACUGAGAAGCCAGCAAGGCCAACACUCUCCGAGUCUGAGACCGUCUUUAGGCUUUCCCAUGGAAGCUUUGGUCCCUUCAGUUUCUUCAUCGCUGCUUCUUCCCACACUUCCAAACUCGAACUACACUCUCCUUAAAAUCGUAUCCACAAAAUCCCAUCUUCUUACUUCCCGAAAGAGAUGCACCCAUUUGAAAGGAAAUAGGAGAAUAUCAACGACCAGGAUUCCGGCAAUAAACGAUGUUUCGGCGGUGACGAGUCCAGCUGGGGUGGAGCUCACCUGGCAAAUAGUUGUCGGUGCAUUAGCUGGAGUUACACCCUUUGUGGUGGCAGGGAUAGAGUUCAGCAAAAGAAUUAUGGCACAGAGAAAAUGUGAGGUAUGUGGAGGGUCAGGGCUUGUUCUCAGAGACAAUAAGUACUAUUUUCGAUGUCCCGGAUGUGGUGGAUUUCUCCCAUGGCAGUCGUGGAAACGAUUCUUUUCUGGUUAGAGUUGGCCUAUUUUUAUGUCAAUAAUAUACAUUCCUUCAAUGGUACAGUAUGAAUCCAGGAGAGAUCGCUUAUACAAGAUUAUCAACGGUGCACCCAAUUAUAUGUAAUGUCAAUUACUUACUAAGUUUAUUGUUUUUACAGUAACAUGGAUGUAUAGUUUCUACGUA